CCUGCUGCAGCCAGAGCCACUGGUCCUGGCUCUGCCGGGGACAUCGCGCCAAGCCGGCAGCCGCAGAUGGACCCCUGAAGGCAGCUUAGAGAGCGGGAAGUCCUUCAAGCCUUCUGCAGAGCUGGAGGAGCCCGAGCCCAGCAGAAAGCAGCCCAGCACCUGCCUCCGCUCGGUGAUGGCCAGAGCAAAGGCAGACCCCAAGUUUGGGGAGAUCUUCCGCUUCGACACCCCCGUGCUGAUGUGGGACCAGCACUUCACCCCAGAGACCUGGGACAGGCUGAAGACGAGACACGUCCCCUACGGCUGGCAAGGCUUGUCCCACGCAGUGGUGGGCAGCACCCUCCGGCUCCUCAACACCUCCAGCAACAGGCACCUCUUCGACAGGGACGCCUUCCCCCGGGGCUGUGGGGAUGGGCUCAAUGGUGCCGUGAUCAAAGGCUUCGAGGAGGAUGUUGGGACCAAGAUCUCCUUCUACGGCUUCACGGUGAACACCAUGAAGAACUCCCUCAUUGCAUACGAGGAGUAUGGCUUCACCCAGAUACCCCAGGCCAAGGACCUGAGGUACAUCUUCAUCCCCUCGGACGUCCGCGACUACGUGAUGCUGAAGUCGGCCAUCCAGGGUAGCCCGGUCCCCGAGGGCUCGGACAAGGGGGAUGAGCCACGGAAGUAUUUCGGACCAGAGGCAUCUGCAGAGAAGUUCAAGCUGCUGCAUCCUGAUUUCUUGCGGUACCUGACAACGAGCACCGGCGCCCUCAUGCUCCUCACCGCGCUCCACACCUGCGACCAGGUCAGUGCCUAUGGGUUCAUCACCGCCAACUACGAGCAGUUCUCAGACCACUACUACGAGCUGGAGAAGAAACCGCUGGUGUUCUACGCUAACCACGACAUGAUGCUGGAGGCGGCACUGUGGAGGAGCCUGCACAGAGCAGGGAUCAUGACUCUCUACCAGCGGUGA